GGAACACACAAAAUCCACAACCCGGAUCCAGCCUUCGAGAGCAAAAGUGGCUGAUGAGUUGUCGUUGAGUAUGCUAAAGAUGUCUCCUUGCACCCCGCGCCACUUCGUCACGGCGAGCACGCGCCUGCCCGCCUUCAAUCUCCAGGCCCGAACAACGGAGACCGAUCUUUAAAAGAAAGUUCAGAAUCGGAGAGGAAUGAUUGGUCCGCUAAUUAAGGCGACGUAUCUUGCUCGAGGCAAAUCUGUGGCGAUGGAAGUCCCGAGGACGCAAUAGCAGUCGGAGACGACCACUACAAGUUGGAAAAGAACUCCUGACAGGUCCCAGUUGUCCUCCAGCUAGUCUCGGCCUGCCGAGGAGGAAUUGUUGUACGCCUGGAAACGACAGGCGACGACUACGAAUUCCUGGCAAGGCUGGGACCUCGUGACUGAUCGGAGGAGAAUGCCGGAGAUGCCUUUUCCCGACCGGCGGUAGUGAUCGAUGCACAGAGAGGACGAUUGAUUGACAGAUUUGACUUGCUCCAACCUGAUCACGAACGCUCGUUGUCCACGACUCGCCUAAAGUUUGCAGCUAUUCCUGUAGACAACGCUGCAUGGGAGGAAGAAGGCACACAUUCAACACACGAAUCGGAUAUGUUAAUUUGUUGAUCUCCGAAUAUCUGUUCUGCAGGGAUGCAGACCCCUUCUCCUUAUAGCAGCCGGAACGGCUUGGCUUACCGAUCAGCCGAAAAUUACAAAGCACCAUUGAAGGAGAAGUUUGUUUCUCUUUACGAGGACAUCUUCGCCGGUCGAAGUCCUAUACAUACAGCCAGAGAUCAAGGAAUUCAAGGACGGGCAAUUAUAACCAGGUUUUGGGACGAGUUACUCCUCCUCAAGGUUAAUGAAACAUUUCUCGCUCAAGUCAUCGCAAAGGCUAGUGAAGAUCAACUCAGAGGAAAUCUAAAGCCUAUAAUUAAUGAGCUCUUUGCUACAUAUUCAGCGUACCUCAGCGAUGGAAACUUCAUUCGUGUUGCUCAUGCUCUUGAAACUCUGACUAUUCUCUUAAGAGAAAUUUUCAAGAAGCGAUUUACGGAACAGGGUUAUUCAAUCAUCACAUUGGUCGCCGGCUCUGUAGAACAAUCCGAUUCUUUUUUCAGGCGUUUAGUGACCAGUAUCUCCAGUCUUCUCACCAGAGACGACGUACCUGUGCUUGUGAAAUCACUGGGCUUGAGGGUGUAUUUGACUAUUCUUAUUGCCACAGAUAACGUGAACACAAACACAAUUGCAAGCUAUCUAUUUGUCAACAACAUAUUCGAUUCGCUUCUGGCCGUCUUUAACAUAAAACUUUCAGCCGAUCGGAAGAAGCUCGAACUUGAUGUCACUCUCGUUCUCAUCUUGCUUCUUCUAUGGAGAGAAAGUGCAAAUCCUUAUGCUGAGCGGUUAGCUUCAACUGCUGCUCCAGUUAUUCCACUUCUUCACACUGUGUCUUCGCUCCUCUUGACUCCAGCAAGGACAUCAACGGAAAAUGAAACAUCCAACUCAUCGUACACAGUUUGGUCUGGCGCAGAUGGAGUUUUUAGUCUCAUCGGAAAUUUGUUAGGACUGUGGCCAUCGACUGAUAGCAGCGGUCAAGGAGGGACUGGAGUGGCAGGCACAGGAUCUGCUAAAGGAACAGAGGUCUUGGAUGUCAAGUGGUGCAAUAAUACCGCUGCAAUUGUAUUGAUAUACUUCUUGUGCUACUUGAAUCCUGCAAUGAAAUCUACACAGAUAUGGCCAUCUUCAGAUUUCUCUCCAGUUCAAGGUGCAGGGACCACUUCUGGGCAGACAGCGGCAUUGCUGUGGAUUGACGUGUUUAAGUCCUUUCUCACUCUCAGUAAAGAUGUUUUGUCCCGCAUGUCUACCACAGGCGUUGUUGGAGUCAUGAGAGGAAAACUGUGCUUGACAAUUCUUCGGUGCAUGGUUGAGAAUCAUGUGUCAGCAGAUUUCCUUUCUCGUGCCGAUGCAGAUAGUUUUUCUCUUAAUCAAAUGCCUGCAAUUGGAGUGGUGGGAAUUCCAUGCGUACUCCAGUUUAGAAGUUUGUCAUGUGUCAUAGUCGAUCUGGCCACAAGUGUCCUCCAAAUGAAGCCAGACGUACCUCAUAUGGAUUCUGAUGUCUUCCACCGAGCGGCAUUAUUAAUUCCAAUCGUUUUGAAUCACCUAAGAUCUCGAGGAUGGCAACUGCUUUCGACAAGCAUCAACUGGUUAGGCCUAUGGCAAGCGCUAGCUGGGACCUGUACUUGGUGUGCAACGGAGACGAUGUUUCAAAAACCAGGCGUGCCAGAGCUGGCGGAGUUAACUCUGGGAAUCCUUGAGUCAUGUAUAGGGAACAGCCAAGAACUCUGCGGGGCUCCCGAUGAAACAGAUCGUCUGCACGCCAUGGUAUUAGCAAACUCGACUGGCCUAGAGCAGUUGGCGCAGACAGCAUCUACCAGUCGAUAUGGUGAUACUGGAAAGUCGGCACUAAGAGAUGGCCUUCGACUGGUCAAUGUAGCUGCAAUUAAAUUUCACUAUGAGGUGCAGGUCGCUGCUCUAGGAGUUCGAGGCCAACCUACAUUUGAACAAGCCUUGUUGGGAGUUAAGAAAAAGGGAUUAGCCAACCUAAAGUUGAAACACCUACAUGCUGGACCAGGACAUUCUUAUACAGAAGGCACAGUUGAGCAUCGGAUUCUGAUAAACUUGGUCCGAUAUCUGGUAGCCGAGCAUCGGCAGCAUCUUUCCUCCUCAGAGCAAAUGAAUGGUGGUGGCUGGAGGCACAUUAGGCGCCAUAGUAUGGGAUAGGUCUGCUUUGUUGGCUUAUGGCAAUCAGUUCUCGAAGGUAUAGUUAGAUCGAUGGAAAAGCCAGGAUUAUAUUGGCAGGGUUAUAACGGUAAGGCUUUCAGCACAUGUAGGUGCUGGACAAGCUACAAUCUCUUUUAGAGAAGUCGCACGGGUAGGUUCAACAUAAUGCUCCGAUGCUCAAAAAGGAAGGAUUAGGCACACUAUAUCUCGCUUAUCAAAAUAUGAUGAAGGUCUUAUCGAUAAACUACAUAUGUACAGUUGAUAUAAUUCUCAGGAGGCAUUACUUAUCUUUCGUUGAUUCAGAUACUUUUUAAACAUUUGAUGUUAUUACUAAUGGUCUUAUAGUCCCACGCAACUGAAAGCUGUGUGGUUCUGUCAGAAGACGCCUGUCGCCAUUCUUGCAAAUGAAAUCAGAGAUUCACGUCAUAUGGGUGGAGAGAGUCUCGACCGGCAGUAUAUUUCCCUUUUAGCUACUCCUUGUUCCUGAUUCUGUUUCCUCCUCGCUUCCUACAGAAGCCAUGAAUUUGCCGGCCUCGAAUUGCUGGUUGGCUGCUCUGGAAAUAAUAAAGCGUGUAUAAAGAAUGAACAUGGG